GCUACUCUGUAGUUUCUUUGAAAAAAUUAAACUUAGAUAAUACUGUUUUUUUUCUAUAUAAGGCUAUUAUUUAGUGAACAAUCACAUAUACUAUAGUUCUAAUUUAUAUCCCAAAGUGAAAGAAUUAUGAUGAUGAUGCAAGAUGUUUGGAAUCAGUUAGGUCCAGCCAUUGCAACAAUCAUGUUUGCCUGGACCAUGUACCAGAACUAUUUCCCUCAUGAACUUCGUGGUCAUCUUCGAAGGUAUACCGAUAAACUUGUGAGCUAUAUCUAUCCUUAUAUACAUAUUACAUUUCAUGAAUAUGAAACUGAUGGUUGGUUUGAGCGUAGUAAAGCUUAUGUAGCUAUCGAAAGGUAUUUAAGUAAGAACUCCAGUAUACAAGCUAAGCGUCUAAAAGCCAGUGUAGUGAAAGAUGGUCAAUCUCUUGUUCUAUCGAUGGAUGAUCAUGAGGAGGUAACAGAUGAUUAUGAAGGGGCGAAGGUUUGGUGGAUAUCUAGCCUAAAAGAAGCUAAUAGACCGACAAUUCCUUGGUACGCGAAGGAGGAUGAUAAUAGGUAUUUCAAGCUUAAGUUUCAUAGGAAAAAUCGUGAUCUUAUAACCAUUUCAUACUUAAAAUAUGUGUUGGAUGAAGGGAAGGCGAUUUCUGUUAGAGAAAGGCAGAGGAAAUUGUACACGAAUAAUAAGGGAUCGGAUGGUGGAUUAGGUGGUUAUAACAGGAGAAUGUGGAGUCAAGUAGUGUUUGAACAUCCGUCAACAUUUGAUACUUUAGCUAUGGAGCCAAACAAGAAACAAGAGAUUAAGGAUGAUCUCGAAACAUUUUCUAAGUCAAAAGACUACUAUGCUAAGAUUGGUAAGGCGUGGAAGCGUGGUUAUCUUCUUUAUGGUCCUCCAGGAACAGGUAAGUCUAGCAUGAUUGCUGCUAUGGCUAACUUUUUGCAAUAUGAUGUGUAUGAUCUUGAAUUGACAGCUGUUAAGGAUAACACAGAGCUAAGAAAGUUAUUGAUAGAUACUACUAGUAAGUCUAUCAUUGUGAUUGAAGACAUUGACUGCUCCCUCGAUCUUACUGGCCAAAGGAAGCCGAAGAAGGAGAAGGAGAAGGACGAGAAAGUUGAGAAAGACCCCAUCAAGGAGGAGUUGAAAAAAGCAGGAGAGGAGAAAAAGCAAAGUGAGCUUGAUCCUGCUUUAAUUCGAAGGGGGAGAAUGGACAAACACAUUGAGCUAUCAUACUGUUGUUUUGAGUCCUUCAAGGUGCUUGCAAAUAAUUAUCUAGACGUUACGUCUCAUGAUGAUUACUUUCCUGAGAUUCAUCGUUUAUUAGGGGAAACUAAUAUAACUCCUGCUGACGUUGCUGAGAGUUUGAUGCCCAAGUCUUCUAAGGAAAAUGCAAACACUUGCUUGGAGAGGUUAAUUAAAGCUAUUGAAACUGCAAAAGUGGAAGCAAAAUUGAAGGCUGAGGAAGAAAAGGCCGAGAAGGAGAAGGAGAAGGAAGAGAACGAGAACGAAAAGAAAAAGAAAGAAGCUGCUGCUGCUGAAGAAGCGAAAAGGGCUGAUGAUGUGAACGAAAAUGGGGCGUCGAUGGAGACUACUAGUGUCAAGGAAAAACCAGAGAGUGAUGGUGCUAAGGAAAAUGACAAGUCUGAGAUAGUAAAGGACUAAUGGUGAUGUUAGUACAGGGUUAGUAAAGUUUGAUCAUGGAAAUAUUUGAUUAAUUAGGUGUUGCCCAUAGAACCAGGAUUCAGUUAUUUUGAAUAAUUUUGUUGUUGAGCAUUGUUGAAUUUGUUAUUCAAGAGAUAGUAUGAUGAUGUAAGAAGUGGUCGUAUCUUAUCUUUUUGUGUAACAAAAUAUUUACAUCUUAGUAAUUUGGUGAUAUAUAUCAAUUUUCCUUUUUUUGAAGUUGA